AUGAUUCAUGACAUUCCUAGCCAAAAACCUAUAGAAGUUCUAUUUAUGGAAGUUUAUGUGGUGAACAAGGAAGAGAGCAAGAACAGUGGUGGCUCAGUGAUGCCUAGGGACAAAUACCCAAAGCCUCUGGUGUUCCAUGAUGGUAGGCUAGCCUUCUUGCCUACCCCAUCUGCCACUCUUGCCAUGUUCAUGUGGCUUCCUCUGGGCAUACUCCUAGCAAUUGUUAGACUUUUUGUGGGUAUUUACUUGCCUUUCCAUGUAGCCAUCUUCUUGGGCACUUUGAGUGGUGUAAACAUUAGGGUCAAAGGAUGCAACCCUUCAAGCUCAGAAGGUAAAAAAGGUCAUGUUCUCUAUGUUUGCACCCACAGGACUCUUUUGGACCCUGUGUUUCUCAGUACAUCUCUGGGUAAACCUUUAACUGCAGUUACAUACAGUUUAAGCAAAAUGUCUGAGAUCAUAGCUCCAAUAAAAACAGUAAGGUUGACAAGAGAGAGAAAGAAAGAUGGUGAAACCAUGCAGAGAUUAUUGAGUGAAGGUGAUUUGGUGGUUUGCCCAGAAGGAACCACAUGCAGAGAGCCAUAUCUCUUGAGGUUCAGCUCUUUGUUUGCCGAAUUAACAGAUGAGAUAGUUCCUGUUGCUAUGAAUACACAUGUGACCAUGUUUUAUGGGACUACUGCUAGUGGACUCAAGUGCUUGGACCCAAUCUUCUUCUUGAUGAACCCUAGACCUAGCUACUAUGUUCAGAUCCUUGGGAAGGUGCCCAGAGAGCUAACAUGCGCUGGUGGGAGAUCUAGCCAUGAGGUGGCUAAUUAUGUACAAAAACAACUGGCUGAUGCAUUGGGUUUUGAGUGCACUACACUUACAAGGAGAGACAAGUAUUUGAUGCUAGCAGGAAAUGAAGGGGUGGUUGAUGACAAGAGAAAUAAACCCUAG